AUGGCUGAAAAGGAACAUCUUUCUCUUGUUGUCUGCGGACACGUCGAUGCUGGUAAGAGUACCACCUGCGGUCACCUUAUCUUCAAGCAAGGAGGAAUCUCUGAUCGUGAGAUGACCAAGCUUCAAGCUGUCGCUGAAGAAAAGGGAAAGUCCUCUUUCGGAUUCGCCUACUACCUUGACACCUGUAAGGAGGAACGUGAACGUGGAGUUACCAUCCAAUGUAACACCAAGGAGUUCUUCACUGACAAGUUCCACUACACUAUUGUCGAUGCCCCCGGACACAAGGAUUACAUCAAGAACAUGAUCACCGGAUCUGCCACUGCUGAUGUCGGUCUUCUUCUUGUCCCCGCUGAGAAGGGUGGAUUCGAAUCCGCCAUUGCCAAGGCUGACCCCAAGUUGGGAGUCGAGGAAGGACAAACCCGUCAACACGCCCGUCUUCUUUACUUGCUCGGUGUUGAGCAAAUCAUUGUUGGAAUCAACAAGAUGGACGCCUGCAACUGGUCUGAAGACCGUUUCAACGAAAUCAAGGACGAAUUCGUUAAGAUGCUUCAAUUGAUCGGAUUCAAGCCCAAGAAGGUCCCUUUCAUCCCAUACUCUGGAUUCAACGGUGACAACUUGGUCGAGAAGUCCGACAAGGCCCCCUGGUACAAGGGAUGGGUCGCCAACAAGGGACCCAAGCAAAAGGUCACUGGAUUCACCCUUGUCGAGUGCCUCAACAACUUCAUCACUCCCCCCAAGCGUUUGCCCGAUGCUCCUCUUCGUCUUCCAAUUUCCAACAUCUACAAUAUUAAGGGUGUUGGUCAAAUCAUCUGCGGUACCGUCGAACAAGGAACUCUUCGCCCUGGAGAUGUUAUCGGAAUUGUCCCAUCUGGACUUGUCGGAAAGAAGAUGUUCUCCAUCGAACAGCACAAGAAGGUCUUGGAAUCUGCCGGACCAGGAAACUCUGUCGGUAUGUCUAUCAAGGGUAUUGCCAAGGACGAGAAGGUCAACCCAGGUGACAUCAUCUACCUUGAGAAGGAAGGUGCUCUUGCCCCUAUCAAGACUUUCACUGCCAUGGUUGCCGUCCAAGAGCACCCUGGUGUCUUGAAGCCUGGAUACUGUCCAGUUGUCUUCUCCCGUACCGCCAAGGUCGCCUGUAAGAUGACCAAGAUCUUGUGGAAGCAAUCCAAGAAGACUGGAGGUGCCAAGGUCGAGAACCCCCCAGAACUUUCUCAAUUCGAGAAUGCCGAGGUUGAAUUCGAGCCCACCGCUCCUCUUUUCCUUGAGCCUUUCGAGAAGUGCGCCGCUCUUGGACGUAUUGCUGUCAUGGACUCCAACAGAUUGAAGAUGCUCGGAAAGGUCACUGGUGUGACCAACAAGGAGUAA